CAUUGAGAAAGAAACUUGGUGGAGGUGGUAUUAUGGUCUGGGCUGUUUUGCUGCAGACAUAAAUUUUGCUCUCUACCAAAAACUCUUGACAGAGAAAUGUAAAGAGGGGGUGAGCCUGUCUGUGUGUGACCAGUUGUAUUUGGGAAUCCUUUUCUAAAACAUUGCAUUUCUAGUUUUGUGAUUGUUUUCCAUCUAUUAGUGUUCUUUUUUUUCAUAAUUUUCCUCACUGUUGGUUUUGUACCAAUUUUCUCUCUGUAGUUGAUUUAUCCAUUUAAGUAAAUAAUAAAUUUGUAGGUGACGAAAUAUGUUGUGAUCCACCAUAUUAGACAACCAUGACUAAAUUUGUCCCCUUCCUCAAUAUGAAUGUUUUAUCUGUUUAUAUUUUUCAGAGACAUCUGAUUAAUUAAACUCAAAAAGAAUCCCUCAAAUAGAUUUUCCUAAUACUUUUUAAACCAUGUAAAAACCCUGACUAACUAUUGUUGGUGUGUGUAUCUAUUUCUUUUGCAGAAUACCACUUAUGAAAAGCAAUAACAGGCUCACAAUCACCAUAAAAGCAUGACUGCUGCAGGAAGUUUCCAUUCACAUCCGAUUCUGCACCUUCUUUUUCUUCUGCUUUAUAUUAACCCUUUGUUGGCUUUUUUGCUGAAAAGUUGCACUAUUCUCUAUCAGAAGAUUCCCUGUGAUGAUGUUUUUUUGGACUGUGCAUCCAGGGAACUUGUGGUUAUUCCUAAUGACAUUCCCAAAGAUUCUGCCGUCGUAAAACUCAACAGCAACCAGCUGAAGAAGAUUAACAUAGAUGAUUUUUGCGAUUUGUCAAAGCUCAAAAUUCUGGAUCUGGGAGACAAUCAAAUUUCUGAUGUGGACGAUGGUUCUUUUAAGGAUUUAGUUACUCUAAAAACACUUAAAUUAACCCAGAAUACCCUCACCACCCUGACUAAUAACACAUUUCAGGGUCUGUCCAACCUUACUGUGCUCGACCUGAGUAACAACAACAUUCACUUCAUUCAGCCCUUCGCUUUCAAAGACUUAACAAACCUACAAAAUCUGGAUUUAGGUCGCAAUAAGAUCCAACAAGUUAGUGACAUUCAACAGAUCUUCCAGCUACCGCAAAUACAGAUGGUUAACCUUACACACAAUCUGUUCUCCUCCUUCGAGACCAAACACCUGCUUCACAAUUUUACCUCAAAUCUAGAAGAGCUAAUUAUUUCCUCACCUAACAUGAAAACUUUCAGCAUCUCGACACCAAUAUUUCCAAAUCUCACAAAGUUAGAUCUUGCUGUGUCUAGAAAUUGUACCUUCCUGAACUGGGACAUACCUGACAAAACUUUACUCAGGAACAUAACACAUUUAUACACCAGUCAACCUUGUCUUUCCUUCAAAAGUUUUCAAAAAGUCCUGCGAAGUCUUGACUCACUGAAUCACCUGAGACUAAAUAACAUGGACAGAUUCAUUAAGAAGGAGCUUCUAUCUACAGUUUGCAUAAUACCAACGUUGAGGAAACUGGAUUUAUUUUACAACUAUCUGAAUAAUUUGACGUUAAAGCUUGCACUUUGCUCCCAGCUCACAGAGUUUGACCUGGGAGAAACACACAUAAAAGAACUAUCAAAAGGUUCAAUAAAGUCGAUGACGAUUCUACAAACGCUGAGUGUGAGAGCCAAUCAGCUGUCAGAAGUGCCGUAUGACAUAAGAAACCUUCCCACACUUAAAAUCCUAAAUAUCGAACUUAAUCAAAUCACCAAACUGAGCUGUAACAAUUUUGUAAAUACCACCCACCUUACAGAGCUUUACCUGCAGAAUAACUACAUUACCAAGCUGAAAAGGUGCGUGUUUGGAAACCUGACAAACCUGAAGAUUUUAAAUCUGAGCAAAAGUAACCUGCGAAAACUUGAAAAUGUAUUUAAGUUAACCCUUCAUAGGCUUGAGGUCUUGAAUAUAAGUGACAACAAAGUGACGGACUUAGAAACGGGUGUUUUUCAAGGUUUACAAUCUAUAAAACAUUUAAAUGUGGCAUCAAGGUCUAUUGAAAGAGUGAAACUUGCAACAUUUAAAGGAAUAAACAAUGUCCAAGCCCUUACUGUGUCACUUACACACAGGUAUGAACCAGAUUUCAGAGGAUUAAAGCGCUUAGAAAAUUUAACAAUCUACCUAGAGAGGGUUCCCUUGUUAAGAACUGAUGAGUUAAUGAAUUACGGCGCUUUUUCAAAGACUAUGUUAAAGUCUUUGAAAAGCAUCGCUGUCAUCUGCACACACAAUCACCAAGAUUUUCCUCUGAAUGUACCCAUUUCGUUGCUCCAGUCUAUGAAACAUCUGGAGGAUUUUACAGCUGAAAAUGUCUAUGUAAAUGCUCCAUUUGCAGACAUUUUUCAGUUCAACCCACAACUCAAGAGUGUGACAUUUCUAAAGACUGAUUUGUCCAAUUUGGAUCCAAACCUCUUUCAAAAAAUCCCAAACCUGCAGGCUCUUGAUCUCUCCAACUGUAAGAUCAAGGCUUUGGAUUUUAUGGUGCAGGCAAAUCUUUCUGCUCUUAGAUAUCUGAAACUGGCUGAGAAUGAAAUCAGUGUUAUUAACGAAACAGUCUUCCACUCUCUCCCCUUUCUAACGUACCUGGACCUGAGCAAGAACCCGUUCACCUGCGACUGUUCAAACGCAGGUUUUAUCCUAUGGGCAAAGAAUCAAAAGCAAACACAAGUGGCAAACACCCAUCAGUAUAUCUGCUUCUUUCCUGCGGACAAACGAGGAAGCUUGCUGUUUGACUAUGACACCCUGUCCUGUUGGGACGAUUCCAGCUUCUUCUGCUUCGUUUCCAGCUCUUGUCUGGUUGUUCUAACUCUAAUUACAUCUUUUGUCUAUAACUUCCUGAGGUGGCAACUAGGCUACACCUUCCACCUCUUCCGAGCCUUUCUCUACGACAGCAGGAAAAGGAAAGAGGGAGAAGAUUAUCAGUUUGACGCCUUUGUGUCCUAUAAUGUCCAUGAUGAGGGCUGGGUUUACAGAGAGAUGCUUCCGAUGUUGGAGGAGAAACAGGGCUGGAAACUCUGUCUGCACCACAGAGACUUCCAACCAGGUAAACCCAUCAUAGAGAACAUCACUGAUGCCAUCUAUGGAAGCAGGAAAACCAUCUGUGUGAUCAGCCGCAGCUACCUGCAGAGCGAGAUCCAGAUGGCCAGCUUUCGUCUGUUUGACGAGAAGAAGGAUGUGCUGAUUCUGCUGUUUUUGGAGGAGAUCUCCGCUCAUCAUCUUUCUCCAUAUUACCGUAUGAGGAAGAUGCUGAAGGAGCGCACCUACCUGAGCUGGUCUGCACAGCAUCCGGGAGUUUUCUGGCAGAACGUCCAGAGAGCUCUGCAGGCAGGAGACGCUCCUGAAAACUCAGACAUGCUGACGGGACCAACAGGACGCUCAAGCAUGGCUUUGCUUUCAAAUUUCAUCCUGAGACUUUUCUGUCUCUUUCUUCAUAUUAAUCCAUGUCUGACUUAUUCACUGAAAAACUGUUCAAUACUUUAUGAGGACAACCCGUCCGCUGGUGUUUCUGUGGACUGUGCAAACAGGGACCUUGUUUCCAUCCCUGACGACAUUCCCAAAGAGGCUGUUUCUAUUGAGCUCAGGGGCAACAACAUUCAGACAAUUAAAGAUGAUUUCCGUGGCAUGUCUAGACUGAGAUACUUGGGGCUGAGAAAAAGUGGCAUCACUUCUGUGGAUGAUGGAUGUUUCAAUGAUUUGGUUUCACUGGAAACACUUAUGAUGAGAAACAACUACCUCUUUGCCCUGACUGCAAACAUGUUCCAGGGUCUGUCUAAUCUCACCACGCUUGAUUUAAGCCAUAGUGGUAUUUGUUUCAUUCAUGGCUCUACCUUUAGAUUCCUGAUAAGCUUAAAAGUUUUGAACUUGGAUUAUAAUACGUUAAAAAACACUGCCGACAUUCAGCCCAUCUUUCAGCUACCACAGAUACAGACGCUCAGCCUUAGAUGUAACAAACUGUCGUCCUUCGAGAGCAAAAACUUCCUGCUGAACAAAUCCUCAAGUUUACAGCAGCUGUUUAUUUCUGGUGUCUCCCUGAGAAAGUUCAGCAUCACAACACCUAUCUUCCCUUACCUUCAGGUGGUAGAACUUUCAACAUGUUUACCAGUAACCAAACUAAAAUGGGACAUAUCAGACAAAACGUUACUAGAGAACAUAACGCAGUUUUAUGUUGAUGAGAAUGCACUUUCCUUUAAAGGAAUGCAAAACGUCAUGCAGAAUCUCAUCUCACUGAGACAUUUCAAAGUAAAUAUGUUGGUCAGUUGGAUAAAGAGAGGACUGUUAUCUGCUGUCUGCAAAAUUCAAUCACUGAGGAGGCUGGAUUUCUUCUACAACAAUAUGAACAACAAGACUUUGAAACUUGCACCUUGCUCUCAGCUAGCAGAGCUUUACCUCCAGGAAACUAAUUUAAAUGAACUGACGAAUGGCUCAAUACAAUCAAUGAAGAUGCUGCAGGUUCUAAAUAUGAGUGACAACAAGCUCACUAGAGUUUCAAACGACAUUAGGAGCCUCGCCUUCCUUAAGAUCUUGCACUUGGAUAAAAAUUUUAUCUCAAAGUUGGACUGUGAGGAUUUUGAGAACACAACCCGUCUCAUGGAGCUUAAUCUGAACACAAACCAGAUUCCAAGUCUGGAGAGAUGCGUUUUAGAGCAUCUUACUGAUCUAAAGCAUUUAGAUCUGGGUUACAAUAAGCUGAGAGCAUUUGGAGACACAUUUAAAGUCGCUCUGCAUAAGCUUGAGUUCUUGGACAUGAGUGAAAACGAUAUAGAUAUAUUAUCUUCAAAUACUUUGGGGGGUUUACAGUCCCUAAAACAUUUAAAGAUGGCAAGUGAUGAUAUAAUGUUGAUGGAAAAUGAAACAUUUCCUGAAUUGAGGAACCUGGUGGACCUAAAUGUCUCAUUUCCAAAUGGGUACAAACCUGAACUUCAAGGAUUGCAGCGCUUGGAAAAUCUUAUCGUUUACUUUGGAAAAGGCUUUACUUUUAAAAAUCUUUAUCAAAACAAACAUGGUGGCUUAAGCGAUUUAAAAUUGUUAAAAUCUCUCACAGUGAUCGGCUGCACAGACCUCACCUUUCAUCUUAAGAACCUAAAGGAAAUGCUUCAAGCUAUGGGACAUCUGGAAGCUUUCGAAGCUGUGGAUGUGUUUGAGGAAGCUCCAGAUGUAGAUACAUUUCAGUUCAACCCCCAUCUCAGCAGCCUGACAUUAACAAACACUAACAUGUCCCAUCUGAAACCUGAACUGUUUCGACCAAUCCCAAACUUGCAGAGACUCGAUCUUACCAACUCGAUGCUGAGAUCUAUGGACUUUUUGCUGCAGGCCAACCUUUCUGCACUCAAAUAUCUGAAACUGACAGACAAUAAAAUUAUUAUGAUCAAUGAAGCUGUUUGGGAAGCUCUCCCGUCUCUAACCUACUUAGACCUGAGCUACAACCUGUUCACCUGUGAAUGCUCAAAUGCAGGUUUCAUCCAGUGGGUGAAGACCAACAAGCAGACACAGAUAGUAGAUGCUCAUCGAUAUGAAUGUUCCUUUCCUGUCAGCAAAGAAGGAACCUUACUACUAGAUUUACACACACAGUCCUGCUUUAACGACGCCAGCUUUCUCUGCUUCAUUUCCACCACUUGUUUAGUAGUUCUAGUUCUCUUUACAUCCUUGAUUUACCACUUCCUACGGCAGCAUCUAGUCUAUGGAUUCUACCUCUUCCUGGCCUUUCUCUACGACAGCAAAAGGAAGAAGAAGAACGAUGGUCAUCAGUUUGAUGCCUUUGUAUCCUAUAACGUCCGUGAUGAGGGCUGGGUUUACAGAGAGAUGCUUCCAGUGUUGGAGGGACAGCAGGGAUGGAGACUCUGUCUGCACCACAGAGACUUCCAACCAGGUAAACCCAUCAUAGAGAACAUCACUGAUGCCAUUUACGGCAGCAGGAAAACCAUCUGUGUGAUCAGCCGCAGCUACCUGCAGAGCGAGUGGUGCUCAAACGAGUUUCAAAUGGCCAGCUUUCGCCUGUUUGAUGAGAAGAAGGAUGUUCUGAUUCUGCUGUUUCUGGAGGAGAUUCCUGCUCAUCACCUGUCUCCAUUUUACCGCAUGAGGAAGCUGGUGAAGAAACGUACCUACCUGAGCUGGCCUCAGGCUGCACAACAUCCGGGAGUUUUCUGGAAGAACGUCCAGAGAGCCCUGCAGGCAGGGGGCGCUGUCACUGAACCGGUACCGGCAGGACACUGAAAGAAGCAGCAAAAUGGAAGUUUAUUGUGAAAGUUUGCAGCAUAAAAUCAAGAAAAGAGGAAAGUCACUUUGCUUGGGGAGGCUUUGUAUGAAAAAGCCACAAGUUAAAAUUAAUAUUCAAGUAAAAAAAACUUUCUGAUUUAAUCUAAACUCCAACUGGGAAAUGCAAGUUUUACUUAAAUCUACUUUGUCUUUCUGAUAAAGAAUCUUCAGACUAUCAUUAAUUUAACACAGAAUACUUAGUUUAAUGUCACUGCACACUCGUAAAAUAUUAAAUUUGUAGUUAUUCAAAACUAUUUUCACCCGGAUCUAUCAGUUAAUUAUAAGAAUCAUUUUUCUUUAUCACAAUACCUUUUAGUUAAGAGCUUUGUCAGUAUGUUAAUGUUUUACUUACAUUAAGUUUCAGAAAUUAUGUGUUUUUCAAUAAAGGUCAAUUUGAUUGUGUAAGGUAGAAAUAAAGGUAGACAGAUUAUUGUCUGUCUCUAGAUAAACAGCCUUUAGUACAUUUUAAUAAAUGAUUUGGGUCACAGAUAUUUAUGAAGUAAUUCACAUAAACCACAGACAAUAAAGUACGCUUCUGUAAAAAGUCAUUUUUAUUAAACAAAAUUCAUUUUGAAAGGAAUGCGGUUAAAUUUAAAUAAAAUUAUAAUGCAUAAAAAA